UGUUCAUUCGUGUUUCUGACUUCGGGUGCUGUGGAUGCUUUGCGCGCUUUAUUGAAAACAUACGCAACAUAAAAAGCAUAUUCGUAAUAACAAAAAAACCUGCACAUACAUAAGUUAACCCGGUCUUUUCCCGCGCAUCUUAAACGCCAACUAUUUAAAACAACUCCAGAACAUAAAUUUGCACUUUCUGUGUUUGUGUGUGGGCGUGCACUUGUUUAGUGUCCACUUGUGUGUGUGAGUGCGUGUGGUUGUGUGUAUCCUUGCGUCCUCGCUGCCCCCGCCGUCGUUCUCGUCAUUUCUGCACUGUGCCAGCCAAGGGUGUGGUGUGUGUGAAAAAUUCCAGCACAGCGCGACAGCGAAAAAACGAGUAAUAAAUAAAUUGAAUUGAAAUUGAAACUGAAACAUGUCGGUCUCCUCGAACGCCUCCUCUGCUGCCUCGUGCAACGGCAGCGCUGAUGAUAGCAUAACAACAACAGCAACAACGGCGACAACAAACACAGAUAACUCGGAGUUGGCGCACAUCUUGAAUCGCCGCCAGAGUAUCAUGGACUCACAGGAGGCGGGCAUCGAGGUGCCGCGCAGCUUUAAGGUCGUCAAUGUCUACACUGAGUUCCACGAGUUCACGCGCAAGCAGAUCAAGGACUACCAAAAGACCUUUAAUACUUAUGACACGGCUCGCGAUGGAUUCUUGGAUCUGAAUGAGCUGAAGUACAUGAUGGAAAAGCUGGGCGCACCUCAGACGCAUUUGGGUCUGAAGAAGAUGAUUGCCGAGGUCGAUGAGGAUCACGAUGGCAAGAUCUCGUUCCGUGAGUUCUUGCUCAUCUAUCGCAAGGCUCAAGCCGGUGAACUCGAUGAUGAUUCGGGACUGAAUCAGUUGGCUCGCCUCACCGAGAUCGAUGUGGAGCAGGUGGGCGUGAGUGGUGCCAAGAACUUCUUCGAGGCGAAAAUCGAGCAGCAGUUGCGCACAAAUAAAUUCCACGACGAGAUCCGACAGGAGCAGGAGGAGCGACGUCGCGAGGAAGAGGAGCGUGCCCAGCGGCGUCAACAGUUCCAGCAGCGGGCCGCGAUCUUCCAGUAAAGCCCACUUUUUUAGUGGCCACCAUUUAUAUACGAUGUAUUUUGUAGGCGUAGGUUAAACAAAUGCACACACACACACACAUCCAACCAUAUUUGAAACGGGAUCGAAAGCGGAGCCGGACUUUGAUAUACUUAUCAUCAUCACGCAUAUAAACUAAACUAAUCAUCCACAAGAAGGAACUCUUAUAUAUCUUCAUAAUAUGCAUACAAAAAUACAUUACAUUACAUUACAUAGAUAACGAGCAUACCAAAAGCAUAAAUUUACGUUAAAGUUUACGGUUUUUAAUAAUACUAAAUAUCGCAUAUAUUAUCUAAAUAGUUUUUAGUAAUUUUAGGGUUUCUUUCUUUGGUAUUGCGUUUGCUUUUUGUUGACUUUCCUUUUCGCACUUUUAAAUUGAGUUGAUUUUAUGAUUUCAUUUGCUUUUUUUUUAAGUUGGUGCCAUUUUAAUUUUGGUUUUGAUAUUUUUUUUCAAACUGCAUUUUUGUUAAUCAAUGAAAAUCAAAUGUUUUAUGUUCGUAAGCAACAAAUGAAUAAUUAUAAAACUCUCAGCUUUGUUGUACAUAUAUAUUUUUAUGUUAAAGUUCAAAUUUUCAAAUGGUGUACGUUUGGUGGGAAUUACUAUUAUAUAAUAUUUAAUUUAAGCAAUUAACGCCGUUAAAGCAAUAUUAUAUUACGAUACGAAACUAGACGGCAAUUACUAUAUAUUUACAUACACACCACAUAAUUAACUAUUAAUAAAUGUAUAUAGUGCAAAAUGAAACAAA